UUCAGGGAGUCAGGGAGCUUAUUUCCGGUGUGGAGUUGGGCUCUGGAAGGAUGCUGCCUGGUGCCAACUAAGAGCCUGAAUCUGGGGACCCACAAGGCUCUGGAUGAAAGUCCGAGCAGACGUGUCCUGUGUGGAAAUGGCACUUUGGCGGGCCUACCAGCGGGCUCUGACUGCUCACCCAUGGAAAGUACAGGUCCUGACAGCUGGCCCCCAGGCUCCGAUCCCUCAGAAACAAGGCCAAGGAAAGGAAAGCCAGAGCACUGGAGGGUCAAGACCAACGAAAUGGGUCCAAGAGGACGCCCCGAGCCUAGGGUCUCUGAUGGGCCUGGGUGACAUGAUCUCACAGCAGCUGGUGGAGAGGCGAGGUCUGCGGGCACACCAGGCUGGCCGGACCCUGACCAUGGCCUCCUUGGGCUGUGGCUUUGUGGGCCCUGUGGUAGGAGGCUGGUACAGAGUUUUGGACCGGCUCAUUCCUGGCACCACCAAGGUGGAUGCACUAAAGAAGAUGCUGCUGGAUCAGGGGGGCUUUGCCCCAUGUUUUCUGGGCUGUUUCCUCCCACUGGUUGGGACCCUCAAUGGACUGUCAGCCCAGGACAACUGGGCCAAACUCCAGCGGGAUUUUCCUGAUGCUCUCAUCACCAACUACUAUCUCUGGCCUGCCGUGCAGUUGGCCAACUUCUACCUGGUUCCUCUUCAUUACAGGUUGGCUGUGGUCCAGUGUGUUGCUGUUAUCUGGAACUCCUACCUGUCCUGGAAGGCACAUCGGCUCUAAGUCAGCUUCACUUCAUCACUUCCACCUUGUAGUGAUGCACCUUGACCCUGGAAGGGCCACCUCCUCCUCGGACCAUCUCCUCAAAGCGAGCACAUUGGUCUUCACAGGGUUUGGUGGCUGGUCAGAACUUAAUGGGGUUAGCACCCUGAAAUGGCCCAUUUCACUCUAAAAUGUAACCUGACUCCUAUUGAAAUGGCGAAAACGCACCACACAGUAGGCACUCCAUAAAUAUUUGUUGAAACAUAUCAUUUUGUCAACUUUAGAUUAUACCCAUAUCCUGGCAGAUACCACUUUUCCCCACUCUUCAUAGACAGCUGUUUUCCUAACCCUUCCCAGUCCCAGUGUAGCUCCAAUUUGGGGGAGAUCCCCUCAAACUCUUUAUAUGGUGCCUCUGUAAAUAUAUUUCUAAAUAGGUAAUCUGGAACCUGCAGAGGCAAUGAGUAAGACCCAGCAGAAAAUGACUGGGGAGUGUCAUUUUCCAGGGUUUGGAAAGAAGUCUGGAGACCCCCAAACCCUAAUCUUCUUUUACAGAUGAGGACACUGAGGUCCAUAGAAGUGAAGUGACCUGUCCACACUGUGAGUUAGUGGCAGAGUAGAAACAUGAACAUGUGCUAUCAUUGUUUGAAUGUUUGUAUCUCCCCAAGUUGAUAUGGUAAAAACCUAAUGCCCAAGGUGAUGGUAUUAGAGGUGAGACUUUUGGGAAGUGAUUCAGUCAUGAGGGUAGGGACCUGUUGGGAUCUGUAUGCUUACAAAAGAGGCCACCUGAGGAGACAGCAAGAAGCAGGUCCUCAGCAGACAGUAAACCUACUGGCACCGUGAUCUUGGACUUCCCAGCCUCAAGAACUUCGAGAAAUAAAUGCUUGUUGUUUAUAAGCCA